AUGGAGAAGCUCAGCUCCUUCUUCCGUGACGUCUGGGACACCGUCCUGACCAAGCACCGGGAGGGUCUCUUCAACAGUGUCUGCCUGGGCGUGGUGCUGGCGCUGCCGCUGCUGCUGCUCCUCGCCCUGGUCUUCGUCUGCUGCCACUGCUGCUGGAGCCGGCCGGGCACGGGCCGGCAGCCGGAGCGCGGCCCGGGGAAGAGGAGGAGGAGGAGGAGGAGGAGGAAGGGCGAGGAAGACCUGUGGAUCUCCGCCCAGCCCAAGCUCCUGCAGAUGGAGAAGAGGCCGUCGCUGCCGGUCUAG